AUGGCGAACCCCAAGCCCCAGACCACGUCACCUCUUCCUUCCGUAAUGGAGCCUCAAAAGAAGGACACCUUCGGCAACCUUGCUCCUUGGAGUGAACCGUCGUGGUACUCCUCUCUCGCAUCUCCCUACUACAACGAAUCACACAAGAAACUACGCAAUGUGGUUCGCACAUACAUCGAUACAAACAUAAAGCCAUACAUGCUAGAAUGGGAGGAGGCCGGCGAGGCUCCCGUGCAAGAACGACGCAAAUGGGCACAGACUGGCUUUGCAUUCGCGGAUGUGCCGGAACCGUAUCGCCCGCGUAAUGUACCAGGGCCAGCGGGUAUACCAGUUGCCGACUUGGACUUGUUCCACUUGUUGAUCAUGACGGACGAGAAUAGUAGGAUAGAGGGAGGUGUGGGCAUCGCGUUGGGCGGUGGAAGUGUGAUUGGUGUUCCGCCAAUCGUACAUCAUGGGACUGAAGAGCAGAAGAAGAAGUGGUUACCAGGUCUAUUUACCUGGGAAACAAGUUUCUGUCUGGGCAUUACUGAACCAGGUGGUGGGUCUGACGUCGCAAACCUGCAAACCACCGCAAGGAAGACUGAAGACGGACAAUUCUACAUCGUUAACGGCUACAAAAAGUGGAUUACUGGCAUGCCAUGGGCCACCCACAUGACUACCGCCGUUCGCACUGGCGGGCCCGGAGCCAGUGGUAUCUCCGUCCUCGUCAUUCCCACCGACUCACCCGGACUCACACACCGUCGCAUACCCAACUCCGGCCAGAAAGGCGGAGGCGCAAGUUUCGUCGAAAUGGACAACGUCCGCGUCCCUAUCUCAAACCUCAUCGGUAGAGAAAACGAAGGCUUCCGCAUGGUAAUGACAAACUUCAACAAGGAACGCUACAUCAUGAGCAUAGGCUGCAACAGAAAAGCGCGCACCUGUCUGAGCGAAUCCUUCCAGUACGCACACAAGCGGCACACCUUCGGCAAGCCCCUCAUCUCCAACCAGAUCAUCGCACAUAAACUCGCUACAAUCGGUCGGUAUGUAGAGAGCCACUGGGCAUGGCUAGAGCAACUCGCAUACCACAUCCAACAAUCCCCUCUCGGUUGGCAGGACCCUGAGAUCGCGGGCCAGAUCGCCUUGUCCAAGGUUCACGGUGGUCGUAUACUUGAGAUGGCGAAUCGAGAGGCGCAGCAGAUAUUCGGUGGUGCGGGGUAUCAGAAGGGUGGACCUGGUGCCAUUGUCGAGCAGAUUAGUCGCGAUUUGAGGAUGAUGGUUGUUGGUGGUGGAAGUGAGGAGAUUAUUGCGGAUCUGGCUCUCAGGCAAGAGACGGCACUUGCAAAGAAACGGGGAUGGAAAUUGUGA